UACCUUAGAUAAGGCCGAUAUCCUCCUCCAUAAUUGAAGAAUGGCGAGAAUUGGAGUUGCUUUUUCCGGUGGUGGUAUUCGGUCAGCGUCAUUAUGCUCGGGUGUCCUGCGCAGACUGCUGCAGAAGAAGGUUAACAUAGAUUACCUAAGCUGUGUCUCAGGGGGUGGUUACACAGGCACUGCAUACCUUGACUGGAAAUACCGACAUGGAAAGAAGGACGACCCCGAGUGGCACAAACAGUUCUUCGAGAACAUGCGCAAGAGAAGUGGCAUCUUUUGCAACUGGAAGAAACCCUGCCAAGGAAUCUUGGAUUCCAUUAUCUUGUCCACCAUGGUGAUAUUUGUGGCUUUCAUUAUUCCAAUUCUUCUUUGGACCUCCUACGCAUGCCCACUAGCCUUUGUAGUUGAUUUCCUGUUUGGACGUAUUCUGAGAGGAGGAAGCAAGCCAUGCAAAAAACUCGCCAAGCGCGAUCCUAAAAUAUCAUUGAAGGAAUGCGAACUUGAACGCCAUGCAUCUCCAGAGGUGGUAAAUCAGCAAUUUAUCCUUUUUGCAGUUCCUGUGGCGGUUGCCAUUGUUUGUGGAGUAGUAAGAAGUAUGAUCCCAAAAGGAAAAGGAUUCUUCAAUUUCCUCAUCAUGUCAUGUGUCGUGUUCUUCGGCCUGGUGUUCAUUCCGUGGUUCAUCGACAAUUUUCUGGCUUAUAUUCCAAAUUGGAUGAAGAUCCUCAUCAUUUUGCCGACUUUUAUUGUGUGGUCUUCGUUCCCGCUCAUGCGCAAAAAUGCCACGCUGAUGUUGGUAAUUUAUUUCUACUCCUUCGUAAUUUACUGGAGGGUAUUCAAUGGAAGAGUGUUGGAGAUAGAGUACGAUGAUGAAAUAUUUUUUAUGCUGCUGGCGAUUUCAACCCUCUUUCUAUGGAGUGCGCCGAUUAUUGGUACAGUACAGCAACGUAUAGGUCACGUGUACAACAGAUGGCGCAUUCAAAGAGCACUCUACACACCAGCAAGCGUCGGUUGCUGUGGUUGUACUGGGAUCUCAUGGCGCGACCUUUUUCUUCGCUGUCCGAAGUGUCCACGCUCCAGGCCACGAGAAAUAAAUAUUUCCACAGCUUUGACACUAGAGGACCUUGAUGAUGUGAAGCCAAUUUACAUAAGCGGUAUCACCAUAAACAAAUGGAGACGGACUAACUCCCCCAAGGAGCCAGAUUAUGAACUAUUGAUGAUGACACCUCAUGGGAUUGAACGACUUGAUCGGCCACCCAAUGAACGUGAGUUUGAUGGUAAACUUAUGCCUGUGGACAUUUACCUGUCAGAUGCCAUGGCAACGUCAGCUGCUGCCGUGGAUCAUCAUAUGGGAGCGAGGGAGAGUGAUGACGCGUCCUUUAGAGAUUUAAAGGUUAUUCUUGGAGUUUCCAUGGGAACGGCCAUUGUUUCAGACGAGCGACACGAAGGAAAAAGAAAUUGUUGUAUUCAGUUCUUGCCUCUCCUUGUUGAGGUAAUCCGGAUCCUUCCUUUGGUGCUGUGUCUCAUUAUAUUUUGGCACACUGACCAGCGACGUUACUUAGCCUAUGGCAUACUGAGUUUCUUUGCUAUACUUGUGUUGCUCACAUUGACUGCGCUCGUACCAACCGGCGGAAGUAAGCCUGGAAGGCUUGAGAGAAUCGCCAGAAUGGCGACGGCAAAACCAAAGUUGGCGAAGGUGAAAUUUUGUUCAUUGCGCCUAGACACCCAAAUAAAACCGCACAAAAGAAGACUUUUGAUUCCUGGGGAGAGGUUUUGCGUGACAUUGAUGUUGAUCUUGAGGCUGGCCACUGGGGACCUGGGCCGGAGCUAUCGGCGGAAGAGGUGGACCGUUUGACCUUCUGUUGCUGCGAAUGUUGCCAUGGUAACACGUGCCGAGGAUUGUCAGAGUGGAUGUGUGGGGCGUUUCCACAGCAUUCCACUGGGAAUCAGUUCUUCACACAAGCCAUGUUUACCAGCUAUCACAGGGAAGGCUAUCGCGCAUGCAUGGAGGCAGAAGCUGCUGAAUUCCUCCUUGAAGGCCAACGACCGGAGUCUGCAGCCACUGCAUUUUCUUCGAUAUAAACGGAAAAACGGCUUUGUCUCCGCGCUCUUGAAGUUACCCUUAACAGCCAGGCGAAGGCAGUGUGGUGUCAAAUUGAUAGACAUAUAUAAAGUAUAAGUUAUUAACAUUUCGUUAUCGUUUUUGUGUCCCAUUAUAUUUAGACGUAUAGUUUUUGGAUUUAAAUGUAAAGUUUAAUCCAACAUUUUCUAUCAGCAUAUUAGAUCAUGCAAUAUUAGUGAGGUGUGCGUUCUGAUAGGUGGAGGGAUAUAUCAUUUCUUAUAAUAAUCACGCGGCACAAGGUGAUUACAAUACUGACGAUUAAUUGGUAGAAUGUUUUGAUUCAUAUGUAAAAUACUCGUGAUAGAGAUGCAAAAUGAUAUACCAUAUCUCAACUAAUGAACCAUGACGAAGAAAAACAUCAUAACAGUCAAACUGUCAAAAAGGUUUCUUUCUAUAUCUCAUUAUUCGUUGAAAAUUAAAUAUUCAAGCAAUCAGAGCUGUUGAUAUCUCCUGCACUGAAUCAAUCACUAAAACACAAAAAAUAUAUUGAAAGCAAGAUUAACAUUGUAGUUAUAUAUUAUGAAAUAACAGAAUCUUUUUUUCUGAUGUUUUGAAGGCCUUUCUUACUUUCUUCCAUCUUUAACCAUUAAAAGCAGCCAAAUGAAAAACA